UGAUGUCAUGUUUGACAUAUACGUCAAAUAACAGUUUUUAACUUCCCAAUCGCUUUUUGUGUUAAUUAUGUAAAACUACCAAUACCGAAAAAGUAGCGGAUAUUUUUGUUAAAACCCAGACAAAUCUGUACGAAAAACCAGAGAUGUCGGACGUCCUGAAAAUCGGCCGACGGGUGGAUGUCACCGGAAAAGAUGUGCAAGGCGUUGUUGCUUUUGUGGGUAAUACUUCGUUCGCCCCAGGAAAAUGGAUCGGAUUAAUUCUGGACGAACCCAAGGGCAAGAACAAUGGUUGUCUUAAGGGCGUGGUGUACUUUGAGUGUGAGCCAAACCAUGGCAUGUUCGUGCGACCCUCGCAAGUUGUGCCUCUGGACGAGAACGGAAAACCCAUGGAAGUUGCUACUCCUGAUGAACCGCCACCAUCGAAAAUUGCCAGAAGCAGGCAGAGCACUCCUGGAUCAAAACCCAAACCCACCACUGUAAGACGUAAAACAUCGCCGCAAAAAAGACCACCGUCUUUAUCAGCCUCAAGCUCUCGAAUGUCGCUUGCCAGUAGUCGUCAAUCGUUGGCUGGUAGUAGACAAUCUUUGGCUGGCAGCAGGCAGUCCCUGAGUGGCAGCAGAAGUCAACUGGCCUCGCCAUCCGUCGAGAAGUUGACGUCGGAUAGCGGCAAUGGAGCGGACAGUCAGAUUCCGAAGCGGGCAUCCUUUGUCGAGACUGGCUUUGUGGAAACCCUCAAGCCUCAAUUCACACCUGGACAAGUCUUGACCACAACACCCACACCUUUAACAUCCGUGGAGGAGAAGAUCAACAAUAUGCAGUUGCAGCAGGAAAUCGAAAACAGGCAGCAGCAAAUUAAAGAUCUGACCGAGAAGUUGGAGUCGUUGAAGUUGCGCCGACAGGAAGACAAGGACAAACUAAAGGACUUCGAUAAGUUGAAAAUUCAGCUGGAGCAGUUGAUCGAGUUUAAAACGAAGAUCAUGGAGACGCAAGCAAGUCUACAGAGGGAGUUACAACGUGCCAAACAAGAAGCCAAAGAGGCGAUCGAAGCAAGAGAACAACACGCCGACGAAGUGGCAGACCUGGCCGAAGCUGUUGAGAUGGCAACUUUGGACAAGGAAAUGGCCGAGGAAAAGGCCGAAAGCCUCCAGUUGGAAUUGGAUGUGUGCAAGGAACGUUUAGAGGAAGUCACACUCGACCUGGAGAUUUUAAAAACGGAAAUGCAAGGGAAAGCUGGUGGUGCAGCUACAACUACGGAAGAACAGGGCUUGUCGCAGUUCGAGAUCAAACAGCUGCAACAACAGAACGCCCGUCUGAGGGAGACUUUGAUUCGGUUGCGAGAUCUCUCUGCCCACGACAAGCACGAGUACCAGAAACUGAUGAAGGACAUUGAUCAGAAGAAGUCUGAGAUCACUGAACUGGGCAAAACCAAGGAGAAGCUGAGUGCUCGAGUCGACGACAUGGAACAGCAGAUCGCCGACCUUCAGGAACAGGUGGAUGCAGCUUUGGGCGCUGAAGAAAUGGUUGUGAUCUUGGGUGAGCAGAAACUAACGCUGGAAGAGAAAGUAAAGGAGUUGCAGGAAGAGGUGGCAGACUUGGAGGCUUUGCAGGACAUGAACGAUCAAUUGGUCGAGAGUAACGCCGAAUUGGAGGCCGAUCUACGCGAGGAAUUAGAUUUGGCUCACGCCGCUACUCGAGAGGCUGUAAGAGAUAGAGACGCGGCAUUGGAGACCAUAGCAGAUCGGGAGUCGACGAUCGGAAAGUUUAGACAGUUGGUGCAACAGCUGCAAGAGCAGUCACUAAAUCUCCAACAUAGAUUGGAGUCGGAAACUAGCAAACCGGUUUCGGCGCUGCCUGAGAUUAUGGACUUUAAGAAGAUGUUCACGGAGACCAAGGCGCACACCAAAGCUAUAGAUCUCGAGUUAAGAAGAGUGGACAUUCAACAGUUGCAGCAACAUAUCAAGUAUCUGAGUUCUUACAUGCCAGAUUCCUUUAUGAACCGGGGAGGUGACCAUGAUGCAGUUUUGAUGCUCCUGUUGAUCCCUAGGAUGACGUACAAGACCGAAAUAAUAUUAAGCCAAAUCAAGGACAAAUUCCCAGCUGUAGAAAAAAUUGAUAGGGCAGCUAUUUUGAAGGGACACCAGGUCGAACAAUAUAAUUUCAGAUGUCGCAUUGCUUACUAUAUUUAUGCGCUCCAAACAAUCUUGCAUCAAUACGAUUAUGCUUUGAAUUCCUGUAAAACUGAAGCUUUGCUUAAAGUAGGAGCUUCUUAUCCAGAAAUGGCAGCACAAGAAAAAAUAGUUGAUGGUUUCAUAGAGCUAAUCAAAAGGGAUCAGUUGGAUGAAAAUGUGCCAACUGAUGCUUUGGAAAAAUGUGUUGGGUACUUCAACACACUUUUCCCAGUGCUAUUGGGUCCUGAAAAUCGACUUCAUCACACGCAGCUACUAAACGAUAAUGUCAGAACAUUAUUAAGCGCCUCUGAUGGUUUUAACACAGACGCUCUAGUUAUUAGAACAUUAAUUGAGGCUGCAAACGUUGGUGAUAUUGGACUUCUUGCGCAACACGUUAUUGCCACAGUAGAACAGUUACAGCAGCAACUAAAAUUGGUGAAGAGGCGUUUGCCUCCAGACAACAGCUUGGCGAACUUAGGCCUCAACAAAGAAGUUUUUGAAAAUUUGUACCAGUGCUAUCAACAUGCGGGAAAAAUACUUAAAACACUCCAUGAUAUCGUCAAGCACUCUGUUCUGGCUUUGUCUUCUGAGGGUGAAUCUGAAAAAGGACUAAAUCAGGAUAAGAUAAAGGAUAUUGCAAUCAAUGCCAGUGACAAAGUAUAUGAGCAGGAUGAUUUGGGUCCCAUACAAAGCAUAAAGAAUUCCUUGACCUUUGUUUUAACUCAAGUUACUCAAGUCGCACAGUUCUUACAAGACAACGAGUAUGAAAUAAGCACCGCCAACAAAAAUGAAGAAAAGCCCACUCCCCCAAUUCACACCAGGGCCGAGACUGUUAAAAAGGAGCUGGAACAAACCAAAACGCUCACCAGCAAACUGGAGAACAAAGAGUCCGACAUCAAAGAACUCAAAAAACUCGUCAAAGAAAAACAGGAACAGCUAACCCAAAUGACAAUCCGCAAAGAGCUGGCGGAGAAGAAACUGGGAAACGUCAACAAAGAUUACGAAUUGAAAAUCGAAAUGCUCCAAAGAAAGUUGGAAGAAGCGCACAACAACUACAAGAAAAAGGAGAAGGAAUUCGAGGAAACUUUGGACCAUCUUCAGACCGACAUCGACUCCCUGGAGAUGGAACGCGGCGAGAUGAAGGAAAAGCUGAAGCUGUACUCGAAGAAGGUGCAAAUAGAAGCCUCGAUGACGAAGAGCAUCUCCGGCUCCUCCAUGUCUUCAAUGCACUCCUCCGCCGGCCCGAUUUUGCCCGCCGUGGUUAAGGAUUCUCCGUUGCUUCUUCAGGAAAUCGACAAUCUGAGGAAGCUGUACCAUCAGGAAAGGAACGAGAAGAUCAGGUUGCAAAAUGAGCAUCUUAAAAAGCAGUUGGAUAGUCUCAAGCCUUUGCCCACGUUUAAAACAACGAGGGACGAAGUCAUUGAUAAUUUGUAUAAGGAAGGUAUUGCUCUCAAACAGGACAUUUUGAUGACUUUGGCCAAGCCCACGUUCCCGUCGAUUUGGAAACUUAAGCCCGGUAAUGGUCCGGCUGCUUGGCAGAAACACUUUGUGGAGGAGCAGCAGAAGAUGUUGAGUCUGAAACGAAGGGCCGAGGAAUUCCAGUUGAAGGUGGCAGCGGAAAGCGUUAAGAGGAAGUAUGGAGGAAGGAUCGAUACUGAUUUUACCAUGUUCCCUACAAAAGAGAUGGCCAAGGCUUUGAAUGAGAGUAAGCCAAUAAACAUAGGCUUUGUAAAGAUUCCAAAGGAACAUUUACCUCCGUCUGAGCAACCUCGGAUAGUAAAUCUUGAAUUAGAUUUCCAGAAUCUACAAAAAAUCUUGCAAACUUUGGCAUAUUAAUCCUACGCUUAUUUAUUGAUUUUAAACAAAAUCUAGGUGGAAUUACUUCUAAUAAUGCAUUAAGUGAUAAAUUGUAUUUUUAAUUUAAACACACUAAAUAUAUUUAUUUGUUUUAUACCUAA